UCGAGGUUGGAAAGCCAUGGCAAUUUCCAUGUCGACUCGUUCCCGCGACCGCGUAAAGGCCGUGCGCGACUUGGAAUGGGUCAUGUCCAGUCCUCAUCUUCUUUCGUCCGAGGGUGACGUCUUCUUGCCGCCGGCCAUGUGCUUGCACAUCCUCGACGAUCCCGUCACCAUAGCGUGGCUGGAAGGGUUGCAUGUCGACCCGACACCUCUUCACACGUUCCUUGGCCAGCAACUCCGUCGCAUCGACAAAACAUCGUUGGAUCUUGGUGUGUACUUUACGUCUCUCGUCGAGUACUGGCUGCGUGCAUGUCCGGCCCUUUGCAUCGAUCGCCUGGAGGUGGCGGCAUCGUCGGCCCAGCUCAAGUUUGUGUUUCGAUGCAACGAGUCGCCUUGGCUAUCCAUCGCUCCAUGUCAUUCCAUACACAUGCAUUGGGAAGUGUCCGUCAAGUUCUUCUUGCUGUGUGAACCGACCACGACGACCACGACCACCUCCUCCUUUAUCAACCUUGGACUCACUGCAGGCGGCGAAACCCUCGCCAGUCGAAUCGCGAAAAUGCAGCGAAAGGUACGCAUGUGCACAGAGAACGUGUCCGUGUCCCGAUGGCUGUCGGCCCAUUUCGAAUGGACACAGGCCAAUGUGGUUCUUCAAUCGCACAUCCUUCUCCGAGGAUACUUGUACUACCCAUUAGCUCUCUUGGCCAGCACCACCAGUGCAUUCUCAUCUACGCAUGUUGAGCUUCCGUCGACCAUCAACGCCGACCACUUGCGCGGGUGGUGGUCGUCGGAUGUCGAAGCCGAUCUCAUCCGCACGACCCCGCCGUCGUCGCGGUUUGCGAUCCUACCCAAAAUUUUUUGGCUCUCCAAGGUCUCGUCCGCCCCUUCCAACGACGACGACCAUACGCAGCACAUCGUGGGAAGUCCGGGCGUGCCGUCGCUUCCCCUGCUCAGUCGCGCCGACGUGGUAGCCGCUUGCCUCGCACACUUUUCGUCGAGCCCGACUGCAAAGCCGCUGGUCGUGGCCGAGUUACGCGAAUCGGAGCAUGCGACAACGUUCGUCGAAGUCUCCCGGGGCGCUGUGGUGAACCCAAACACGUGGCAGCCUCCUCCUCCCCCUACUAGUACUACUAGUACUACUAGUACUUUCUGUGCCGCAAACCAAGCCGACACAACAGGGCAACGACAACAGAGUCGUCGUAGUAGUCGUAGUAGUACUAGUAGUACUAGUAGUCGCCACGCCAGCCAUUCCAAAGCAACCCGCCGCCCUCGUACUGACGCGUCGACAGCCACAACCGUGGAUUUUGCAUUGGAUCCUCUCACUACAACUACGGAACCAACCCAGUUUAUAGCGCAGCUAAGUCUAGCCCUGGGGGAUGAUGGCAUCUCGUACUCGGUGGUGAAAGCAGAGGUGGCUCGGGUGUUGAUGCAUCGCAAAGGUCGGUAUCUGGUCCAGUGUCUAGUCGUUCUGGUAGAGCUAGAAGACGGCAACCUCUUUCGCAUUGGUCAGCUCAUGCUCGACGCAAGGGGACUAGUACAUGUAGACGACGACGACGACGACGGGGGUAUCGAUCAUGUCAUGGCGACGAUCAUACCCGAUAAAACCAAGUGGUGGAGCGUGCGGUUUCUGCUCAAAGCCAAGCACGUUCUAGGAGGAGCUAUAGCAUCGUCCCCACGCCACGACCAAGUUGAUUCUGUGACGACUUUGUGGGUCGAAACGGUCGUUCUCGCCAUGCUCGAGCCACAACACAAGGGCAAGUGGCAUGCCACGGCCGUCGACUUGUGUGCGGCGUAUGCCUUGCCCAGAGACGAUGCUGUGGCGUGCCAGAUCCUGUCGACGUUGUUGGACGGGCGGGAUGGCGGCGCGGCGGCGGAAGCGUUUGGGCGGACCCAGCGAUGGGAUGUGGCGUCGCGUCGAUCCAGUCAACUGACGCACGUGUAUGUGAACCACCCGCACACAUCUGCCAAAGCCGCCCGCCGGCAUCUGCCUGCCACGUCAUCGCAGAUUCCGACCCAUGACAUUGCCGACCACGCCCACCAGCUGUCUCUUGUGCAAGCCACGCUGGACACGCCUCUGACAGUGCACUUGGUCGAAACGUCGUCGCAGAUUGACACGAUGCUCACGUGGAUGGACAGGGCGACGAAUGACAAGACGAUGGUAGUCGUGGGGCUGGACUGCGAGUGGCGGCCUCGCGCGUUCACGACCAACCCCACAUGUGUAGAUGGACACAACGACGACUUGUACGACCUGGGGGUGACGGUCGUCCAACUGGCGUUUCCAAAUGGCCACGUGUUUGUGUUGGACUGUAUGGCGACAUGUGUGACAGUGCCGGCCGUGUUUGACAGGUUGUGUCGACCGUGGAUUGUUGUGACAGGGUUCUGCGUCUCGGGGGACCUCGAUCGCCUCGUGGGGUCGUACCCUGCAUUGGCUCGUACCUUUCAGUCCCCCCACUGGACCUGCAUCGACCUCCGACGGGUCGCCAUGUCCCGCGUCCGGCGGCUCGCGGGCGUCGGCCUCGCCUCUCUCGCCUUCACGUUCUUGAACCACACGAUGCCGAAACACCAGCAGUGCUCGGACUGGGCCGCCCGACCACUCACAGCCGCCCAAGUCGAGUAUGCCGCGCUGGACGCUCAUAUCGUGCGCGUGUUGCUGCUCUACUUUACAGCCGACCUCAACGAACCUUCUAUAUGUAGUACUAGUACUACUUGUGACGACCCGCCGCCUGGAACAAGGGUUCACACUAAUUCAUGGCCGUCGUCGUGGCGGGUGGUGCACCAUCUUCAAUCGUAUCUGGGCGAAGAUGACGUGGCAGCGGCAGUGACGUCGUGGGGGUUAUCUGGCUCGUUCUAUACCCUUCCUGACCAUCCUCGUCAUGGAGUUAUGGUCAAGACCGUGGCGUGGACUGUCCACACUCGGCAGCAGCAGACUUCACACUAUUUGGCGGUCGUGCUCGACCUCCACAAAACCAUCGACGUACCCAAACUGCAAGCGUUUGUGGCUACUACUUUUCUCACCGCUUGUCCGGAUACGAUGGCCCUGACUUCGGAACGAUACUAG